GUAGAACUCAACCCCCUUCACAUCACUCAUUUCUUCGUUCACGUCACGCAUUUCUUCGACUAGUUUCAUAACUAGUUCUUCUGUCAUAUCACAAUGUCAGAUAAACAACCACCCAUCUUGCCGGCCUACCGCGGGUAUCUGAGCCCAGCUCAGAACUCGGCGUUGGGGUUUGCACCCCAGACUCCGAAUCCUAACCCCCCUAGCGAUAAUGUCCCGGCACUUGUGACGGAUUAUCUUCUUAAGAAAGGUUAUCGACGUACGGAAGAGAUUUUUCGUCAAGAGGUCAAAGAUAUUGACGAGAAUGGAAAGCCUCGAGAGAAUGGUGAUGGUGUUGCUCCCGGCAAGUCGUUUCCCGCAGGUAAAUAUCUGGCGGCAUUCAAGCAUUUCGACGUAUGGGUCCAGGGAGGCCUUGAAGUUUACAAGUUCGAGUUGGCGAAGUUCCUGUGGCCCUUGUUCAUUUAUUCCUAUCUUCGAUUGAUCAAGCAAGGUUCUUCUGCACAUGCUGAGGAGUUCAUGAAAGAGUUGCGCGGUCGCUUCGAGAAGUCUCAUCCGGAUGAAGUGAAGACCCUAGCAACCAUCACUCUACCCCAGCACGUCCGCGAAGACACGCUCGCCAAAGCCUAUCUUGAGAAUCAAUACUCGGUUCCUCUCAGCAAGUCGUUGGCCGCAACUUUGUUCAGCUUUCUAGAACGUGACUUCGAUCAAGGUGGAGGCCUUAUCAUUGACCUCAUUAAUCAGCACAUCCACGUUGAAUCUGUUGAUCGCGGCCCCAUCGAGCCCUUUAGCUUUGAGGCUAUCUACCGCCGUUCACGACAACAGGAACUCGACGAAGUUGACAUUCAAGAGGGUAUUCCCGGUUUGUCCGCUCACAGUGGUCUCAUGAAUCGCACCCUUCUCGAUGAGAAGGCCUCUCUCAAGUUAGGCCCACUUCCGAUGGAGCCGGAGCUUCGAGAUGAUGUCGUCGCUGAACUUGAGGAGGAGGAUAAGCUCAAUCCACCCCGAGACGGCUUUCCCACAUUAGUCGAUGAGUUCAACACGAUGAAUCCGGUGAAGAAGGAAUCGGUUGAUACCCCCCAACGAUCGGAGAUUCCAUACCCUCCCUCCAGAGCUAGAGAUGUCGUAAUGGAGAUGCAGAAGACUCGAGAGAAUCGUGAUCGAUUCAAGGUUGAACCCCGUAAUGGUGCUCAAGGCGCUGGCAUCACGGUACACAUGUGGACAUUCCACAACCAUCUCGGAGCUAUCUCCUGCAUGGACUUCUCAAAGGACCAGAACUACGUGGCUGUCGGUACAACGGACUCGUAUAUUCGCGUUUGGAGUGUGGACGGUAGAGCAUUGAAGUCGCUCCUUCCUACCGACACGACGAACACGAACAACCGCAAGCUGAUCGGCCAUUCUGGCCCUGUCUACUCUAUAGCUUUCUCAGACGCGAUCACCAACCUAGACCGCGAUAUCUAUGAGGGUAUGCCUAAUCCCGAUAGUAAGCCUGACACCCGUCCUAGCUUACUUCUGUCCUGUUCGUUCGACGGUCAAGUACGACUGUGGUCACUCGAUGUCUGGUCUUGCUUGUGCAUCUACAAAGGCCACGACGGCCCGGUCUAUUCCCUCUCUUGGAGUCCGCAUGGACACUACUUCGUUACCGGUGGUUGGGAUAAGACUGUCAGAGUGUGGGGUCAGGAUCACUCUUCGGCGCUCCGUCUUCUCGUUGGCCACGACACUGCGAUCUCCAAGGUCGCCUGGCACCCCAAUGGAUCAUAUGUGUUCUCAGCUUCCGAUGAGAUCGACAAGUCUAUUCGCAUGUGGGCUGUUGCCAAUGGUGAAUGUGUCCGUAUUUUCAACGGCCACGUGGAAUUCAUCUCCGCGUUGGAAUGCGCUCCGAAUGGCAAGAUCCUUGCAUCGGCUGACAUUGCCGGUAACAUUAUGAUAUGGGACCUCGAGAAGGGAACCCGCAUCAAGCGCUGCCGCGGCCAUGGUCGUGGUGGUAUCUGGUCGCUCAGUUUUUGCGUCGAGAGCACCGUACUUGCAUCUGCCGGCCAAGACUGCACCGUACGUCUCUGGGACGUAGAGAUGCCGCCCGAGGGUCGUGCCGUGAACCAGCAAGACGGCGACAACAUCAACGCGGCAGGACAAGGUGAUGGCAAGCAAGCUGGACAGACGCAGUCUGCAAGUGCUGCUGGCACGGGAAAGAAGAAGGGCAAGGAGGUGAUGAUUACGCCCGAUCAAAUCAGCGCGUUCCCUACCAAGAAGACUAGUGUGAAGAAAGUGCAAUUCACGAGAAUGAACCUCGUGCUUGCCGGUGGAUGUUAUCAGCCAGAGACCCAGGACGCCGGUCGCUAGGUUUUCACCCGUACCAUACUCCUAUCAGGAGACUCUAUUUAACGACAUGAAAACCCCUUAACGACCCACUAAUUACCGAAUGUUACGAUAUCCUUUCGACAAAGACCGAAGAUCUCGGUUUAUGGCAAGCCUUUUAUGGUCUCUAGGUGUUGUUACGCAGAUCCUUUUCAUCACGCU